AAUGUCUAUGGAGAAGACCAUGCAGUUGCAGAAUUCAUGUAGGAACUGAUGGUACCCAUUACGUUAUGUAGUACUACAUACCAUACUGCGUAUUACAUACGUAAUGACACAGAUAGAAAAUUGUAACCUCUUAUGUAACACAAGUAUCACAGUUUAGCGAACCCAUAAUUUCGUAUCUCAAUCAAAGAGAAAAAGAAUUUCUCAACUUCUGAUUAGAUUCCAGAUAUUCAUAGAAGCUACCGGAAUCGAUUAUGUAGUAGUUAACGUCGCAUUGGAACUCGAACAGAAAUGGAUCUGAUAUACACUGUCAAUAGAAAAUUCGUCAAGUCCGGUCUAAAUUCAGAAAGAUUAUGCGACGGUCAGUCAUUAUGUUCGUUAUCAAGUCGAAACAUUGCAGCUUUCACUACUACAACUGAACUAGAUGAUUACAAUGGAAAGACGUGGGGCUCUCAUGUCUACAUUUGCGACCUUAACAUGCCAUGGCAUUCGCACAAAGUAUUAUCCAAUAAAUCAAACAUAACUGCGUUGGAAUGGGAUCUACCCGGCGAUAAGCUAGUCGUUGCCGAUGAAUCUGGUAACAUACAACUGUGGACAUUCAAAGACCACAUUCUCAAUGAUUGGACAUUAAUUGGCUCUGCUUGUUUUCCGGGAGAACAUAUUCUUAGCGCAGCAUGGUUUCACAAUGGAAAAAAGAUUGGUUUAGUCACUGAAAAAAAAGACAGUACUUACUAUAAUGACAAGUUCAAUCACUUGAGAUUUGCCCCUUCGGUAAGACAAUUUGGUGGACGAGCGGCUGAAGGUGUUCUCGUUGUCUCGACUACGGGAAUGGUCGGAGCAGUGAUGCUAAUGAAAGAUUCUCCAAACCAAGUGUGCUUUGCCACAGAAAGUCUUGGAAGCACACGGCACAGAAUAACAGCAGUGGACAUUUGUUAUGGAAAGAAUGGUCAUUAUCUAGUUGCCGUCAGUAGCGGCAGCGUCGCGCUGCCUGUAAGAUGUUACAGAGUAUCCGUCAGGAGAACAGAUGACAAAUGUCACAUCACGUCGCAGGCUCUACCCAGCUUCUUUUUACAUGACGGCGUUGUCAAAGAUAAUACAUUUAGCAAGGUAACUCACUUGAAGUUCGCUGUAAGAGAAGAUGCGGAUUCACUAGUAAUCGCAGCCAAUGGAGAUAACGGAGGCUUAGUCGAAGUCUGGGAACUCAGGGAAAAAUCUCAAACGGUUCAUAAGUUAUUUCAACCCAAGACGCUCGAAUCUUUCAAAACUGUUGUUUGGCAACAUCAGUCUCAAUACCAAUGCAAAUCUCCUGUAGUUGCGGUAACAACAACAAAGCUUUCGGUUGUAACAACACUGCCACCUCCGAGUUGCGUUGUAAUCGCAUUAGCCGAUUCUUCGAUUCAUUAUCUGAACCGAGACUGUCUUAAAGAAAUUGCAACAGCAUCAUUAAAUAUGGCUUGGCGGCAAGAUGAGCCGAGUAAUAAAUAUCAGCGGUUAACCUUAUCCAUUUCUCAUGUCGAUAUUUCAUGGCUUGGAGGGAUUCUUCUAGUGUGCGAUACCCAAGGCACCUUGUAUCUCUACAGAUUAUUACUCGAAGGCGGUUCGUCCAUGAAUUCCGGUUAUACUUGUACCAUGCUAGAAUACUGUCUGGUCACUGGUCUCGACUGUUUGGAUUUACUUCUCUGUCUCAGAUCUUCUAUGAUCGAAACUUUAUGCGAACGCCUUGACAUAUCGUACAAUCGUCAGCCUGCGCCAAUUCAACAGUACUACUACGUACAAUUUCUUUGCAUAAAAACCUGUCUGUUUAGAAUGUUGGCAACGGGACAAUCUAAGGCCGCGGAUCUGUCUUCUUUGUUGAUGAUUCACUCGGUAGCAACAGCCUUCAAGUCUCUACUGAGGCCGUCGGAUCUUAUAUCGCACGACAAAGGUCCUGCUGAAAGUUUAGCUGCUGUUAUUACAGACGCUAUAACGGAUGUUGACAAGGUCUUGUUACAUUUAGACCCAAAGGAAUUCACGGUCGAGCCGAGCACCCUGUUAUCGCUUCAGCAAUUGAUUCAAUGGGUAGCAGAUAUGGCCCUCAAUCUUCUCGCUCGAUUACCGGAACAACGUUCACAGCUGAAAUCCGGCGGGUACGAGCUGUUGAAGGAUUACAAAGCGUUGAAUACUCUUCGAGAAUUACUCGUAAUUAUACGAAUAUGGGGUCUACUGAGACCUGCCUGUUUACCAGUUUUCCUACGAAGCACAGACAAUUUGGAUGCGCUGGCCUUGCUGUUCAGAUUACUAUCUCGAUUGGUUCAGCCAAACGGAGAUACGCAGCAGCAACAAGUUGAUGAUAGUUUAGUCGACGAAUGCUGUUUGUUACCGAAUCAGAUAAUGAUUCCGCAACUUCACCAAACUAAUAACAUCACCGCCAUUGCAACGCCGAUGCUCUUUUCGCAAAGUCUUCCUAUCCAGCUGGAGUUUGGUGUGGAGCCAGAAUAUUUGGUAUUCGUGCCAGAACUGAAUCCAAUCGAAGGAUGUAUGCAUAGCGGACAAAUAGUCGACAGUAUUCGCCAUCUAUACUUGGGGAAACAACCUCUGUUAGUCAAACAAUGCUCGAGGUGCGGAGGAAAAGCUCAGGUACAAAACAUAAUGAGAACCGCUGCAAUUAGAGCAUGGGAUCAGCGAUGGGCACGAACUUGUAGAUGUGGAGGCUUGUGGCGCGUUCACAGAUUGUUUCAGUGAAAAAAUCGAAUAGCUUAACAUUUUUUCUAUCACAGACACAUCGUCAAGGGAGGCUCAAAUUCACGAAUGGAAUUAUUUUUAUCCUAUGAAAUGUGAAUAAUUAUGUCUUUUAAUGUUUUUGAAUCAAUGAAAAUUCUUUCACGGUGAAAUGUUUCAGAUCCAAUGACGCUUCGAAUUUAAAUUAUGCACUUUCAAUUGUGCGUUAAUAAAUCGCGAGGAGAACCACAAUUCUGUAUCGUGAACGAGUUGCAUAUAUUAAAAUCACUCGUACUUCGUUACAUUUCCAAAUAUUCUGCCCUGUCGACUCUUUUGGGAACGAUAGAGGUAAUUUUUGUGAUAUGACUCAAGGUGACAAGCGUUUAGGAUCGCGUGGGAACAUUGAUGUCUUUCGAAUAUUGUCGAGGCCAAGAUACAGCAUCAACUACUGCCCUGUCA